AUGAAGAGCCCAGCGCCCCAUAGCAGCGCCAGCGCGCGCCCGGGCGGGACCAUAGCGUGGGACCGCCUCUCUUCGGUGCUCUGGUUUGGUUGCUUCACGCUGUCACACUUCGUCAUCACGCAGACCGUCAUGCAGAAGUUCCCGAUGCCGUUCACCAUCCUGGCGCUGCAAGCCGCGGCGUGCUGCGUCUUCCUCGCGGUGCCCGUGAUCAUCAACCGCAACACGCGAUGGACGGCGGGCCUCGCGGCGUCGGCGGCCACCUCUGGCGCGCUCUUCGCCGUCCUGCACGCCCUCGUCCUGACGCUCACGGCCAUCCAGGGCACGGCCACCGCCGUCGCCUGGUCGUUCUUCGCGCCGCUCGCCACGUGCAUCAUCGAGUCGGGCUGGUCGCGCCGCCUCGUGACCUCGGGCGCUGCGUUCGCCGUGCUCUUCCUCGCGGGAGUCAACGGCCUGAUGUACUGGGUCCUCACGGCGUUCGUGCCGCUCGACUGGGAGCUCGCGCUCAUGAUGGUCGCCGCGAAGGCGGCCACGCACUUCAACAUGCGCCUGACGGCGGUGUCGGUCCCCGGCGCCGAGUCCGCGAAGUCCUUCCUGACGGCGCUGGCGCUCUGGGGCGUCGUGACGCUGUCGGGCUGGGUCACGGGGGAGUUCGCGGGGCCCGCGCAGGCCGCGUUCGGGCAGUCGGUGCUGUCCGCCGGCCCUCUGAUGCUAUACUCCCUCGUGGGGGGGCUCGCCGCGGCGGCCGCGCUCGUCCAGGGGUACCGCGUCCGCGCGAUGAUCUCCGCGACCGAGGCGUCCGUCGCGGUCAACAUCUGCGCGGGCAUCGGGCCGCUCCUGAACACCAUGCUCCUGUCGCCCUCCGCCUGCGUGACGCUCGUGUCGGCGGUCGCGUGCCUGUGCUUCUUCGCGAAGACCAUGGUCGAGCGCCCCGCGACCGCCGCGAUCGCGAUGGGCGCCGUCGACGACGAGGAGUCGCAGGGCCUCGUCCAGGAGAAGCUGGCGUCGCAGGCGACGCACGAUGUCCCGCGGAAGCUCACGCUCGCCGCGGGGGGGCUCGCGGCGCUCUCGACGGUCCUCACGGGCCUCGCGGUGCACGCGGAGGGCUGGCCGCUGCGCGGGGUCCACGAGGCCGGGGUCGUGUUCGGUCCGCAGGCGCUGACGGAGGGGCACGAGCUGCAGCGGGACGGGACGGACGGGAACACGGCGCCGGUGAUGGCGCAGCCGUUCUUGGCGACGAAGGCGGCGAAGGCGGCGGCGCGGGCGCGCGAGUGGGAGGUGAUUCGCGCUGCGAACGUGGCCACGCGCGCGGCGCGCGCCACGGCCAUGGCGGAGACGCUGGCCGCCAGGGCGACGGCGAUCGCGGAGACGAGGGCGGCGGAGGCCGCGGCCGCGGCCGAGACCGCUGCGGCGGAGGCGACGGCCGCCGCGCUGGCCGCGGCGGGCGAGACGGAGGAGGAGGACGAGGCGGACAUGGAGGAGGAGGAGGAGGAGGAGGAGGAGGAGGAGGAGGAGGAGACUCCGAAGCCGAAGGGGAAGAAGACGAAGAAGUCCAAGUCAAAAUCGAAGAAAAAGAAGAAGUCUUCGAAGGACGAGGACGAGGACGAGGACGAGGACGAGGACGAGGAGGACGAGGAGGAGGACUGA